AUGCGGGGCAAGACGACGACAACGCUCGAGCGAGUUGCCUUGCCGCCCAAUACGGCGGGGCUUGUCAUUGGCGCCAAAGGCGUGCACAUGCAGCGGCUCCGCGCUGUCCACCGCCUCUCGAAAUGCCGCGUCACGACAAUCGACGGUGUUGACCACGUCCUUCUCGAGGGCGCGUUCAUCAAUGUAAACGCGGCCAAGGCGGAGGUCACUGCGCUCGUGAGCAAGUGCGUGGCUCGCCUCGCACGUGCGACCGGCUACAAGCCGCUCUUUAGCCUUUUCGUGCUCGGCUUGCCGUCGUCCGGUACUUCAAGGGACUCGGACACGGCCGAGGCCCCAACGUUUACGCGUGUCCCGAUCGCCGCGCCCACGCAGCGACUCGUCGACGUGUACGACGAGGUGCGGGCGCUACGGGCGUUUACGCUGUCGGCCACGGGCACGCUGCCGCCGCCGCCGCCGAUCCACGUGCGCUUGCACACUAAGCAGACGCUGGUCGGCUACGCUGAAGACGCGAUCGCAAUGUAUGUGACCUCGGCCCACGCCGCGCUUGUCGAGACAUGGUCGUCGUCCUCCGCGACGCCCUCGCUGCGGCUCUCGGUCGGCAAGACGUUCAUGCAGCAGCGUCAAUGGGAUGCGAGCGACAAGCUCUCGGUCAGCGCGGUGCAGACGCUUCAAACAAUGGUGCGACACCAGUUUUGCUCGAGCGUCCUCUCGAACGUUCACAUGGAGAGCGCGCAAGCUUGGUGCGACGAGAACGGGUACGCGCCGCCGACGACCUCGCGCUACGUUGUGGUCAACGUGGUGCACUUGGUGUCGGGCGACAAGAUGCAGUGGACACGCGAGACGGGCGAUGCGUCGACGCUUGGCCACACGCUCGACCGCCUCGGGUUCCUAUCGCUCGUGGCACUCGAUGCAAAGCAGGUGGGCUGUCGCCUCGACUUUCGCCAGCAACGGGCGCUAGCCACCGACGGUGGGAUGCGGGCGCUGAGCGAUGCGCUCGAAGCCGCGUAUGGCAUGCGCGAUGCGUCCGGGUACUUUACCCUGGCCGCGGAGAGUCUGUACACGAUUGACUGCGUGCAGUACCACAAGGAAGAGACGCGGUGCCAUGCGACGAGCGGCUUGCGCGUGUCGGCGACGCUGACGCGGCGCUGCGCCACGGUGCUCGCCAAUGACGACAACGGCGCGCCGCAUGUAUGGAGCCUGGCGAUUUCGGACCCGGCCUUGGACGACGGUGGCUUUGACGAGGCAGAUGUGUUUGUGCACCGCGUCAUGGCGGUCUUGCGCGCCGGGUUGCAGCUGGUGGACGCCAUCAACAUGACGUAG